CUUCCUAAUAGAAACCCAGUUUAUCCAGAUAAGCAGCAGACCAUCUUCAUUUUCAUCAUCCUCAUCUUUGCUAAUAAUAAAGUUUCAUAAUUUGGGGUUCUUUUGGCCCUUCUGGAAAUACAAACAAACAAAAGAUGAUUCCUUUCGUUUAAUUUGUUCAAACAUUUAUUACCCUUUCCCUAUAUUCCGACAAGUUCCGGUCUUUAUAUAUUCUUAGUUGGCAAAACGGAGCCAGACCACCACUCCUAUAUUUCCUCACCAAAAACUUCCAUUGUCUUUGGUGAGCUUUUGAUCCUGGAGUUAUCAACUGAUCUGGUAAAGUUGUUCUGCUUCAUCAACUGAGUUCUUGUUCUUCCUGUUUUGUUUCUCUUUUCUCUAAUUGAUUGAGUUUCGGGGGGUUUGUGUGUUUAUUGUCUCACCAUCAUUUCAUUUAGAUAGGAUAAGAAAAUCCCACGAUUUUUUUUCUUGGGUUUUGAAUUUGUGAGUGGUGUGGUUUUUUGGGGUUUUUUGGAGUAGUUUAGAAUAGAUAAGGUGAUAAUCUGAGAGAGAGAGUGAGGGAGAGAGGAGAUGACGUUGGAUUCGUCUAUGCCUGGGAGCUCAGGGUACUUGGAUUUGCACCCAGACAGGGAAAUGUUCUAUUUCAAGAAUCCUUAUAUUCUCGGUUUGACUGUUGUUGCUGGGAUUGGUGGACUGCUCUUUGGCUACGACACAGGUGUUAUAUCCGGCGCUCUUCUGUAUAUCAAAGAUGAUUUUGAGGUUGUCAGGAACAGUAGCUUCCUCCAGGAAACAAUUGUAAGCAUGGCCUUGGUUGGUGCCAUGAUUGGAGCAGCUGCCGGUGGUUGGAUUAAUGAUGCUUAUGGACGUAAGAAGGCUACUCUUCUUGCUGAUGUUGUAUUUGCUCUUGGGGCAAUUGUCAUGGCUGCUGCCCCCGAUCCAUAUGUUCUUAUCUUAGGACGGCUUCUAGUUGGCCUUGGUGUUGGAGUGGCUUCUGUGACUGCUCCUGUCUAUAUUGCAGAAGCAUCCCCUUCAGAAAUUAGAGGAGGACUAGUGAGCACUAACGUACUUAUGAUUACUGGGGGCCAGUUUGUUUCCUAUCUUGUAAAUCUUGGUUUUACAGAGGUCCCUGGGACAUGGCGUUGGAUGCUCGGAGUUUCAGCUGUCCCUGCUGUCAUUCAGUUUUCUCUCAUGCUUUGUCUGCCAGAGUCUCCGCGAUGGCUUUUUAUGAAAGAUGAUAAAGAGAAAGCCAUAACUGUGCUCUCGAAUAUUUAUGAAGUGUCUCGCUUAGAGGAUGAAAUUGAGUACCUUUCUUCGCAAGCAGAGGAAGAGCGCCAUAAAAAGAAGGAUGUUAGCUACUGGCAAGUUUUCAAAUCAAAAGAAAUCAGACUUGCAUUUAUUGUUGGUGCAGGACUUCAGGCAUUUCAGCAAUUCACUGGUAUCAAUACGGUCAUGUACUAUAGCCCAACAAUUGUCCAGAUGGCUGGCUUCCAGUCCAACCAGUUAGCUCUUUUACUAUCCCUUAUUGUAGCUGCCAUGAAUGCUGCUGGAACGGUGCUGGGCAUAUACCUUAUUGACAAGUGUGGCCGAAGGAAACUGGCUCUAUCGAGCUUAUGCGGUGUUAUUGUCUCACUUGUCAUCCUCUCAGCUGCAUUUUUCUUUCAAUCAUCUGAUUCUUCAAGUGGAAUCUACGGAUGGAUUGCAGUUUUAGGCUUAGCCCUGUACAUUGCUUUCUUUGCACCAGGGAUGGGACCUGUGCCAUGGACCGUGAACUCCGAGAUAUAUCCUGAAGCAUACAGAGGUAUCUGUGGGGGCAUGUCAGCUACUGUGAAUUGGCUGUCAAAUUUGAUCGUGGCACAAAGUUUUCUGUCAAUAGCUGAAGCUGUAGGAACCGGUGCAACUUUCCUGAUCCUUGCUGUUAUCGCUGUUAUCGCUUUCGUAUUUGUGCUUGUGUUGCUGCCGGAGACGAAAGGGUUGACAUUCGAGGAAGUUGAGAGGAUUUGGAAGAAAAGAGCUUGGGGGAGUAGUUCUAACUCGGAGAGCCUUCUUGAGAGGGCAGAUGAGUCUUAGACCUGUACCAUAUUGUUUUAUUCUAUAUAAGCAGCUAGAUGCUGCAGACCAACUUGUAUUCUGCCUCAGUCCAUCUAAUAUAUGCCGGUCCACUGUUCUCUA